AUGGAUAAAUUCAAAACAUUAAACACCAAAAAACUACAAGAUGAAAUUGGAGAAGGUAAGAUUAUACCUAAUUUCUUUUUUUUGAUUUUUUUUUCUCUAUUUUCAAGAAUAUUUAUGAAUUUAGAUGAUGUUUCAAAUCUUUUAGUUGUAAUUCUUGAUACAAACCCAUUUGGAUGGGAUGCACUAUCAGAAUACAUACCAUUUGAUGUGGCAAUAAGGGAAUUUCUUGUAUUUUUAAAUGCACAUCUUUCUUCAAAUCAAAACAACGAUCUUGCUGUUCUUGCAUCUCAUACAAAUUUUGUGCAAUAUUUAUAUCCUUCUGUCCAAGUAUCAUCAAAAGAUAAUGAAAAAGCAGUAGAAGAAAAUAAAGAAGAUAAAGAUUUCCAAAAAUCUAAUAUAUAUCGGCCCUUUUAUCUUAUGAAUAAACAAAUUCAAGAUAAUCUUAAGAAAUUAAUUGAUAAAGCAAAUGAACAAGAUGAAGAUACGCCGUCAACAAUGAUUGGAGGAUCUCUAUGUAUGGCUCUGGCAUAUGUAAACCGUGCUAUGCAAAGUGCUAGUAAAAAUAGGCUGAAUGCGAGAAUUCUUAUUAUAUCGGUCUCUAGUGAUAUUACAUUUCAAUAUAUACCUAUUAUGAACUGUAUUUUUGGUGCACAAAAAAAAAAAAUUCCAAUUGAUGUAUGUAAAAUUGGAGGAGAUACAGUAUUUUUACAACAGGCAUCAGAUGCCACCAAAGGCAUUUAUUUACACCUUGAUAAACCCAAAAGUCUUUUACAGUAUUUACUUAUGAUUUUUCUUCCGGAUCAAAAAGUCCGUCAGCAUCUUGUUUUACCAUUUCAACUUAAUGUAGACUUUAGAGCAGCUUGCUUUUGCCAUAAAAAAAUUUUGGACAUAGGAUUUGUGUGCUCUGUAUGUUUGUCAAGUUAG